AUGACACUCUUCAUAAAUAGCCUUUCGUAUCCUUGUAAUAAGUAUCAAGAUUUUUCCAAUAGAAUCGCAAUUUUUGUAUCUCUUCUAAUUUUCAUUUACAUUGUAACCCUUAUGGCUUUCAGUCGUGUGUUUGUUGUCUUCAUGGUCAUUGUCACCAUUGUCCCAAAGUUCAAUUCUGCAAAAGAGUUCAUUGUGGGGGAUGAUUCAGGAUGGACGAUAAACUUUGAUUACAAAGCUUGGGCAGAAGGCAAGGAUUUUCAAGUUGGCGAUACACUUGUUUUCAACUAUCCUGUUGGAGUUCACAACGUGUUCAGAGUGAAUGGAACUGAUUUCCAGAACUGCAGUAAGCCACCACUAAGCGAGGCUUUGAGAUCAGGAAACGAUAAAAUUGUUCUGGCAACCCCCGGUAGAAAAUGGUACAUUUGUGGCGUAGCCAAGCACUGCGAGAACGCUAACCAAAAACUCUUCAUAAAUGUGCUGCCUCAAACACAAUCUCCAGGUGCUGCACCGGCGCCUUCUCCAAUCUACACCAAGUUUCACUCAUCUCGGGCGUCAAAGAGGCCAUUUAUUUUUUGGUGAAAGUUCCAUUAAUAACAUGUUUUUAUUUUAAUUUGUUUGAGAGUGGGAUAAGAAGUUUAGAGUUGGGUUGGUUACAGAUUGCAUGCAAUAAUUUUUUUUUUAUAUUUUAUAAAAAUUAAAGAGAAAACGUUUAUCACAAUGAGAAAGA